CUCUCUCUCUCUCUCUCUGAAGAAGCAAUGCAGUAACAGUAAAGGCUGAAGCGCUGCAGCAGGGAAACCUACUGCCCUGAUAUUCCAGACCCUUCCUAACAUGCAUCAGGAAACACACUUUAUCUACACUUUUUGCUCUGCAGGAUUUGACUUCAGGAUCAACUGUAACAAACAAGAACAGUACUGCAGGCCAGCAGGUCCAGAGGAAAACCUGUAAAAUUACAACAAGAUAAGCAAUCAGGAUGGUAGCAGCGGACCAGACCGAUGUGGACAGACCGAAGCGAUGGAGGAGACCACUCCAGACCCCGCUUUUGUGGACGUGGACCAGGGUCUGACUCUGGCGGGCAUCGCUUUCCUCUGCCUGCUGCUGGUUGCAAUGAUCAUACGCUGUGCCAAAGUCAUCAUGGACCCCUACAGCGCCAUACCCACAUCCACUUGGGAGGAGCAACACUUGGACGAUUCGCAGAUCUGAGUCGGCGGAAAGACAAACAUGCUUGCGCACUAGAAACCAACAUUUUUCCUGUUACCUCAGCUAAACGUGGACAUUGAGUUAAAUCAGGCAAUGAAAUUUUAAACAGCACGUGGGAUCUCCAAAUUGGUCAUCUUCUUAUAUAUGUCAAUGCACAUUUACAUCCCAUGUUCUCUCUACUGCAUUGCAUACUAUAUCUAUCUGUAUUGUCCUGCAGAGCAAAGUAACAAAGAACUAAAGCACACAAAGUCAUGUAGUCAUUUCAGUAUGCAUCCGACAAAACAUGGACAGCAAUGCACCUUGUUUGCAAUUUGUAAUUAGAAUCUAUAAAAAAUGAUUUAAAAUCAGGGCAUUGUGCAUGUGAAUGCAAACACUUCUAGUUUGGUGUGCUGUAUUUAAAACGCAUUUAUAAUUUAUAACAGAAGUAUGUGAGUGUCAUUGCCGUAACAGCUAUAGUUGGCAUAAACUGUCUUCAAUAGUCAUUAUAUUUUUAGGACAGCUGCUGCUAGGCUGUUAAAGCAACAGUUUGGAGAGAAUCUUACAGGGUUAGUUAAGGCUAGUUAAACUGCCGCCAUGUUUAAAGCUAAAGAAACACUUAAAGCUGCGUGUUCGGUAUGCUCAGCAGUGGCCAAACAAUUUAAAUGCUUGUGUAAAGUAUGUUUCUGGCCUUUAUUGCGAUUGCAUUUUGCAAGAAAAUGAACACUGUACUCUGGUUUAAAUGACAUUUUAAAGAAACAUCAGUGCUAUUACUAUUGCAACUACCUUUAACUUUUUCAUUUUGACCAAAGCAUCUGGGUUUUUCCAAUUUCUUGGCUCUUACAAUGUAUGUCCUCAUGGUUUUAUUCUGUUGUCUUUGUUUAAAUGUACAUAUUUCAGAGAGCCUUCAUCUACACAGCAUGGUAAUAAGUGCCUGAGCUGAAAUAAUAAAUAAAGUUAUGAAUGAAUUUCGCUUUGACGGUUGUAUUGUAUUACCGCAAAAUGAAGGACUAGUCAACAAAAAGCCUGUGUCUAUGUCUGAUUAGAAAUUUUGUGAAGAAAUUCACAUCUUAAGUCUAAACAAUUUAAUGUCUGAA